AUGUCAUCAUCAAUCACUCCAAUCUCCACUCCAACUAAAAAGAGAACUAUUAGAGAUAUAUCAAAUACUUAUCAAAAUUCAUCAUCACAAUAUAAUAAAGAUAUACUAUUAACACCAACUAAAACUCCAAAUAAAAAACAAAAAUUAUCAAAUAUCCUAAAAGAUAAUGAUUUAUCUUGUAAAAAAAAAUUAAUAUUUACACCAACAACACCAAUUAAAACUAUUGAAAAACCUUUAUUAACACCAUCAUCAUCUUCAAAAUCAAUAACAACUACUAUUUAUUCACAAACUAAAAAUUUAUUUCAAAGAGGUUAUGAUAAUACUAAUAAUAAAUUAUAUAAUGAUGAAAAAAUAAAUUUAUCAUUAACAAGUAGAGAAGAAGAAGCUAAAACUAUAAAUAAUUUUUUAAAUGAAAAUAUUCAAUUAAAUCUAUGUAAUAAUUUAUAUAUAUCAGGACCACCAGGAACUGGUAAAACUGCUCAAAUUAAUUUAAGUUUAAAAAAAUAUGAAUCAUCAAAUUCAAUUAAAAUUAUAAAAAUAAAUUGUAUGACAUUAAAAAAUCCUGAACUGAUAUUUCAUGAAAUUUAUUCACAAUUAAUUGGUAAAUUAUCAAUAUCAUUUAUAACUAAGAGAAAAUAUGAAGAUAUAAUUAAUGAAAUAAACUCACAACAAAAUAUAAAUUUCAAAACUAUAAUUUUAAUAUUAGAUGAAAUUGAUUUCCUAAUAUCAAAUGGUAAUUAUCAAAUAUUAUUAAAAUUAUUUCAAUUAGCAAAUUUUAAUGAUCAAAAUCAAUUAAAAUCUAAAAUUCUAUUAAUUGGUAUAUCAAAUACUUUAGAUUUAAAUAAUAAAUUUUUACCAAAAUUAUCAUUAAAUAAUAUAAAUUUAAAUACUUUACAAUUUUUACCUUAUACAGCUCAACAAAUUAAAUAUAUUAUUGAAAAUAAAUUAUCAAUACUAAAUCAAAAUAUUUUCCAUCCAAUAGCAUUACAAUUUUGUUGUCAAAAAGCUGCAUCAAUUUCUGGAGAUUUAAGAAGAGCUUUUGAUUUAUGUUAUAAAUCUAUUGAAUUAGUUGAAAAAGAAUAUAAAAAUAAUAAUAAACUGGAAAUUUCAAAAAUUAUGAUAAGUCAUGUUGCUAAAAUAUGUUCUGAAGCAUUUAAUACAAAUUCAAAUAAUAAUAAUAUUAAUAUAAUCAAUUCAUUGAAUACAUUACAACAAUUAAUAUUAUGUCAUUUAUUUAAUUAUAAAUUAAUUUUACAAAAUCAAAAUUUACAAAAUUUAACAAAAAUUAAUGUACAAUCAUUUUAUGAUUAUUAUUUAAAACAAAAUGAAUUAAAUAAAAAAAUAUUAAUGAUCAAUUCUAUAAAAAUGGGAGAAUUUUUAGAAAUUUUAAAUGCUUUAGAAUCUAAUAAUUGUAUUAAUAUAAUUAUAACAAAUAAAAAAAAUAAUAAUAAUUUAAAAUUUAUAACUUUAAAUAUUGAUUAUAAUGAUAUUUUGAAAAGUAUUGGUAAUAAUGAAAUAUUAAAAAAGUUAUUAAAGAGAUCUUAA